UUGUAUAUGUGGAUAAAUUGUGUAUACAACGUUAUUUAUUAUAAAUAUUAAAUACGCGUAUGUGUAUGUUAGUUGAAUUUUGAUCAUAUUCAUAUUACAAUAAAAAUGGGAAAAGGAUUUAACAAUUAUAUGUGUAAGAAGUUUUUUCAUCCAGCAUCUCGAGAUAAUUUAAAGCGAGUGUGGAUGGCCGAACAGCAAGCAGAGGCUUAUAAGAAAAAGCAAGAGGAAUUACGCGUUCAAUAUGAAAAAGAACAGGAUCUUCAUAAUAAUAAAGCUCUAUUAAGUAAAGAAAGCAAGGAUAAACUUAGUGUGAAUUUUAUGUAUGAACCACCACCUGGAGCAAAAAAAGAAAGAGAAAAGGAAGACAAUGAACCAGAGUAUAAAUUUGAAUGGCAACGCAAAUACAAUGCACCAAGAGAAAGUUAUUGUAAAGGUGAUAGUGAAAUAAGAGACCAACCAUUUGGUAUUCAAGUACGUAAUGUUCGUUGUAUUAAAUGUCAUAAAUGGGGUCAUAUAAAUACAGAUAAGGAAUGUCCUCUAUAUAGUCAAGCAAUGAGUGUAGUGAUGGCAAAUAAUUCACCAACUACCUCUACUUCAGACGCUUUAACAUUAGUUCAACAAAUGAGAGAGGAUGGGUUAGCACUUAAAAAAUCUGCUCUUAGUGCACAGCAACAUUUACGUGUUCCUGAGCAUGAACAUCUCAUGGUAUCAGAUGAUGAAGAACAAUCUGAAAUUAGAUUUUUGAAAACCCUUUCUAAAAAAGAAAAAAAAAAAUUAUUAAUAAGAUUGCAGCAACUUGAGAGAAGGACCAAAAAAGCAGAAAAAAAGAAAUUGAAAAAGAAACAAAAUAAGCAUAAAAGUGAUACAGAUACUGAUAGUAGUUCCAGCAGCAGUAAUGCAAAUAGUUGUACUAGUACUAGUACCAGUACUAGUACAGUAAAUAGCAAUAGCUGUGAUGUAAAUAAUAUUGAUAAAAUUUCAAAUCAUUAUACAUCAAAAAGAUUCAAAAAGGAACAUAAAAGGAAGGAAAAAACAAAUUCUACUUCAAAUCAUUUUCAGGAAAAAGAGAAAAAUAGAGCAGGCAAUCAGAAGAGACGAAGUAAACUGAAGUUUGAACAAAAAUCCAAAUACAAGAAAUUUCAUGAAAAAGAUAUGGAAGAAAGUAAAAAUAAAAAUUCUGAUAAGUGCGGAAAAAGAAAGCUUGCAGAGUAUAACGGAGAUAAAAUUAGAGAAGAUCGAAUCAGAAAAAAAACAAAACGAUUUUAACAUAAAUUAUACUUCUCAUACUAAAAAUAUACAAUAUUAUAAUGAAUUGUAAUUAAACAUAAUGAUAGCGACAAUAAGGACGGGUGUUAUAUUUACUAUUCGCAUAAGUUGCGAAGAGUAUGAUAAUUAAAAUAUGAUAUAUACACAAUAAGUCACAUAAACUGUUAUCAGCAGAUAUCUGUUAAUUAAAAUAAGAUCACAUAGUAGAGCAUUAUUGUACUCGUUUUUGCAUGCCCUAUACAACCAAAAAUCCUUCGCUAUUCAUUUUCAAACAAAUUAAAAUGACCUUAGAAGUUAA